UGUCCGCCAGAGCAAAUCAACUUUAAAUUAUCCAGAUUUAUCCAGUCUCCGUUAGGCUAGCUAGAUGCGAUGAGGGAAAAAAAGCAAAAAGAAAAGAAACAAACGUAAAGCAAAAGGUAUAUACAACAUAACCGCAGAUUUGGAAGUAUGAAUGCCAUAAAAAUGCUAUGCCCCGCCCAUCCUCUAUUGAACAAUAAUAGAAUAAAUAAAAAUAAGAGAGUAGCAAUAAUCGCACAGCAAGCACCACCCACUCUCGCCGUCACCUUCCCCUUCGUCUUCGUCUUCUUCCUGGCCCUGGCACUCUUCCUAGUAUUUUGAGUUCGUCUUUCGCACCCGGUCACCGUUUCUCAGGGUAAAAUUAUAAUUUCCCCCAAAUUGUCGUAACUAAUGUCAUGUAUGCGCACAUUCCUGGAUCCUCCUAGUCUCGACUGGAGUCAAUUGGUAUGAUUAUACCACGUUACUGGCCUGGAACUGAGAUAUGGCGAAUCAUAACUCGCCCUCUUCACUCC